CGGGUGUCACAGGUUUGCUGGCUGGCUGGUUAUCGUUUCGCGGUGGUAUGUGUAUGCACGCGUAUGCGUGUGUGCCACCGUGAUCAACACCUCGCACGAGAUAAGCAAGGGCGCAUUGCGAAGAGAUAAGCGCCUUGGAAGUGAGCCAUCCUGCCAGCCACCCGUGUGCGUGUGUGUGUGUGUGUGUGUGUGUGUGUGCAGGCACGUUUAUCUCACGGCGCACACAGAACGGGAUUCCUGGACACACACGCGUACGCAUGCGCAAGCCCGCUCUUCCAGUGCACGGCUGCGUGGCGACGGCGACGUAUGUGCGUCGCGUCCUACAGCUUACAUCUACCAGCCGGUUUCCUCCGUGCGUGCUGCGGCGUGACCCAUGAAGUGAGCGCGCGGAUCAAAAGAGCUAGCCGAUCAUUCUAGCCGAUUGGGCCCAAAACAGCUUUAAGCUGAAGAAGCAACGCUAGCCAAAUCCAACGCGCAAGCAAGAGUCACCUGUUCUAUAAGGCUGUGCGUCUGGCAAACCACCUGUUUGUUAAAACUUCCGAAGUCAGACAAAAGUUACGCAGUAGUUCCGAAAGAUGGUUACAGAUAUCGCGUUUACGAUUGCAUGAUUACAGUGCGUGUUUACGUGUGUGUGUGUGUGUGUGCGUGUUGCGUAUGAUAACAAGUGGUGGUCCUUGUUAGGCCGAAGAUCGACAUUGGUGGUGUACGUCCGCAGGAAGGAUUGUCCGAACUGUUGGGUUUGUCACUAGCGCUGGAGAGAGAGGUUCCUAACACUGUCGCUGGUGGCGCUAGCGACACAAGCACCUGCAACACGGAAGACCUAGCGGAGGUUCGGGGCGGAGUAUGGACAGUAGUAUGGUCGAGGAGAACGGUUCCUCGGCGAUAGGCGAUCCGAUAGGAGGUGGUGGUCGGGCAGGUGGUGCAAACGUCGCUACUGGUUCAGCGGUUGCUGAGGUGUCCGGUGGUGGGCGGGAUCCUUCGGGGGCGCAACUCAACGACAAUAGCAGUACCUCCAGCAACAGUGCCAGCAGCAACAGCACGGCGGCUACGGGAGGAAGCGCUGUUAGCGGCGCUGGUGGCGGUGGGAGCGGUGGUGGGGUAGUCAUUUCCGCCGGUGGUGCCACGGGAAACGUGAACAGCCCGGUAACGGUUGACGGUGCCGUUGGUCCGGAAGCGGCUCUCGUAUCGCUGGCGGCGGCAGCAACGGUUGCGGCGGCGGCCACAAACAUUGUACAAAUACUACCAACAUCGCAAACGGCAGGCCAGCAAGUACAAUCCGUUAUACAGGCGAAUCAACAGUCGGUAAUACAGACCGCCACCGCCAACGUACCAAUCACCAGAGGCGUCCUACUAGUGUGUAACAAACCCAACUCCGUAAUCCACACAACAACGGGCAAUUUGCAGGCGAUACACAUCAAACCCGAACCGCAUAUUGGCACUGGUCCGGUGACUAUCAUGACCGACACCAACAGCGACGAUACGUUGUCAGAUGAGGAAGCGUCCCCUAAGAAGCGGAGAGACUUGCUGACCAGGCGACCAUCCUACCGUAAGAUAUUGAACGAUCUCGGUGGAGCGGAAAUCGCGAACACCCCGACCGAUGGUUCUGGACUGCACGCGAUAGCAGCCCCUGGCGGUGGAAUAGUACAAUAUUCUCAGCCCCAGGAGAGCAUUUACGUACCUCAUAUCUUUCCCAAUACAGUCAUGGGCGGCAACGUGCAGCUGGAGGAUCAGUCGCGCAAGCGUGAGAUGCGGUUGCAGAAGAAUCGGGAAGCAGCCCGCGAGUGCCGGCGAAAAAAAAAGGAAUACAUCAAGUGCCUAGAGAAUCGAGUGGCGGUGCUGGAGAACCAGAACAAGGCCCUGAUCGAAGAGCUGAAGUCGCUGAAAGAGCUGUACUGCGCGAAAAGCGACUGAGUCGUGCAGAACACCGAUAGCAGCCGCGUAACAGACCGAUGAACGUGAGGAGUGCAGGAAUAGUGACCGUGUAGCAGACCUCCUGCGCCACAGGAACACUACUGUCAUCAACUGUUGUGCGCUCCGCUUGUGCGCCAAAGGAAGCUGCGGCGACGAGUUGCUUCAGAGAUAAGAAAGGUUUUACCGUCCUGCUCGACCAAAACUCAACGGAAUGCGAAUCGAUCACGCGUGGGGGUUUCUCGUAGAUGUUAAACAAUACUGCGGGCGACCGAGAGGUAGUGCUGGCGCCACUGAGACGACUUGAUCAUAGAGUGAGCUUAUGCAUUGCUUAUCCCCUAUGCGUGCAGGUCAACCAGCAUAAGUUUGAGGAACAGGAAGGAAAUCGAAGAAAAAUGUGUUUUAGCAAGGCUGAGAGAGCUCGCUGUGUGAUUGUCCAGGUUUUUGAGGCGCUUUUAGCGUUUUUUAGUGUCAAGUGGUGUUAGCAAACAGAAUUAUUAUAAGAUCACAUUGGAGUGGAGCGGUAAAACGAGUGGAGUGGUAAAACGAAAAAGGUGCAAUUAAUUUCCUUACACACACAAACGCACGCACACGCAAACACACACACACACACACAUACAUACAUACAUACUUCCGGGUGGCCAAUCGAUUUAACUGUUGUGUAGGUGCACCUUUCGAUCGACGCGGAUAGGAUUUCACAGGGCGACUGGAAGAUGUUGUUGUUUUUAUGAUUUGAGACGUUUGGGGCAUGAAGCUUCCUUCAUCUCUAAGUCUGGACAAUGUUUGAGCUUGUUGGAAGUGACCAUUCAAAAUAUAUUUGAAGUAUGUUUAAGAGAGUACGAUCACCAAACAUCUAGUCUACGUCCUUGCGCAUCUCCAAUAAAAUGCAUUGCCAUAACCGACCUAAAUGAAGCCCCAUACCAAUUCCCGCGUUUCCAUCUCUACUGACCACACAAACUCCUCAGGCUAUCAAUCGGCCCGUUUAACCAAUCAACCAUGAACUCAUCCGUACGAUCUACUUCUCUUCACGGCGUUUUCUUUCCGCAGUACGAAUCGCACGUGCACUGCACCAGAUUAGUUAUAUGUGACACUUUUUUACGAAACGCGUUAUUAGGUGUUCUAGUUGCUCUAGCGACUGCAGAGAAUCAUAUAGGUUUAACGAUCGUUAAGAAGCAAUUCCGUUGUAAUGUUUACGUUUUAUGUUUACGUUAAUGCCAAUCUAAGUCGGAAAGGCUCUUAGCAGAGAGAUAGAGGUGUAUUAGAACGAAAGCGAUAAAUGAGAGCACUAGCCUCAUGGAGCACGUCGAGAAAAGAACCUGAAAUUUACCGCAGUUUUAUCCAUCAGCAUCAUCGUAAUUAUGUUGCAGCCAUUGUGCGACUUACCUUUCGUGUCGAAGUGAUUAUAAUUAAUACUUUUUCGUAUUAUUACUGUCAUGAUUUCUUUUGUGUAAAUGAUAAAAAGUUGUCAUACUUGGGGCCGCCACGAUUUCUGGUUUUUUAGAGUUGAAGUUAAUAUUUGUUUCUGUCACUGUGUAAGGACCUACUAUUUUCCAUCCGCUCGGUUCACUGCAAAAGGCUACAUAGUUCAUGUUUUCCAUUCCGGAGGCAGACGAUUUUAAGGAAGCGAACCAAGGAGGUAUGUGGUAUCAUCAACCACGCCAAUCGAAUCCUCUCACUUGUGUGGUGCGUAUUGUGUGUUAUGUAUGCGAGGGCUAGCCUGUGUAGCGUGUGUCACAAAGCAUCGAACGAAACAAUAUGCCAGAGAGGGUUGACAUGGAGACGGUCGCUAACAUUUAUGUUACCCGUGGAAGAAGAUCACAGGGAUAAGAUGAGACUAUCUAUGUGCAGAGUUUUAAUCAAACACGGGCUCAUGCGAAGAUUACUUUUGAUCUUAAUUGUAUAAAUCGAAAUAUUGUAUAAAAUUGAAUGAAAACGUCUACUAAUUUAUAUAUGUGUGGAUGUGUGUAUGUGUGUGUGUCUGUGUGUGUGUGUGUGCAAGAGAAAACGCUUGUGCGUUUGAUUUGUAUAUGUAUAUGGAAUGUAUAUGUGCUGCAACGCAUACCAGUUGGUUUUUCUCAAUUGAUUGGAAUAAGUGUAUUCUUUAUGUUGUCGUUUUUGAUGCGUGUCGUCUAAGGCAAAGACGGAGCAGUGCAAGAACCAUCUGCUUUUCUCAUGUGCGUCUCUAUCGGCAAAGUGCUUAGAGGCAGGGUUAAGUUCUUCCAAGCACCAUCUUCGAGAAGGACAAUGCUAUCAGAACGGUUAAUGACUGGCCAGCGAAACCACGUUUAUUUGGAAAAUAUGUGAAAAUAUGUGUAUAUCGUUUUUUGGAAUCGCUCUUUUAAGAUGUUGAGUGUUAGUUUAAUGUUUUAAGAACAAAAUUAUGAUGUUUAAAUUGUAUUUUGAUUUCUUCACGUGUACUGGUACAGCUAAUCGGUGAAUUUGAGCGGUGCGAAACAAAGUUUGUUUGUUUGUUUGAAAUUUGAAGCUUGGAGUUUUCAGUUUUUCACAACCUUUUCUUUUGUUUUGCUCGGUAUGAAAGCAACUAGAGUAGAUUUAGUUAUUUAUGAGUAAUAAUAACGUGACUUUUUAUAUGUUUCGAUAUUCAAAAUGAAGAUUCAAGGGUGAGAAACGCGCUAUAAAGAAUUCUCAAGACGUCAUUUUGUUUCGGAGCUCAGUUCAGCAUAAACUAAACGGUGAAGAUCGCCAAAUAGCCAUAAACAUGAGUUUUAAUGGUAAAAACAAUAAGAAAAUUUCAAAAAUGCUCUGCAAAAGGUGGGCAGUAGUCGACUAAAUAGUCAAGGGAUAUGAAAGUGAUGGUCGUGUUCAUCGUAUUAAAGCUGGUGGGCAUAAGAAACCAACACCAAAACGAAUUGGAAAACGUAUUGUUCAACGAUUUCUCUCAACGACAAAUCCUCUUCUAUCCGCCAAAAAUAUGAAUCAAAAACUUCAUUAAGAAGGUAUAGAGAGCCCUUCUGUGCAUGUCAUCCGAUGUGGCAUGUACAUCUAUGACGUAGGCAAAUCACAAGGGCAGAAAAAACUUUCGCACCCAAGUAAGCCAAUUUGAAAUACGAAAUGGUAUUUUACCGUCAGCAUGCUUUAACACCUCCCUUAUUCUGGAAAAAGGUGCUCUGGACUGAUAAAUGGUUGGUAACACUCAACUAAAGUCCCCUUUUCGCCUAUUAGCGUGAUAAAUCAACAUCAUGGCAUUAUAGUUUAGGAAUGCAUUUUUUAACCAUGAAACUGGCAAGUUUCAUCAAAGACCUUUCUGAGCCUUCUUCGCCUUAAGUUUCGUCGAAAACAUAUGAAAGAAAAUAUCACUAAAAAAGGAAAACGUCUUAAUGCUCAAGAUUUCACCCUAUAACAGGAUAACGUACCAAUCCGCUAGGUACAAGUAAACAAGCAUUAUCUCGAGAAAGAUAAAAGUAUUCUCGCCACCACAAUUUUCAGAUCAGCCAACCAUGGAAAACAUGCGGGCUUUGGCGAACCUUCAUGUAACAGAGAAGACCGCACUUAAUUAAACAGAAUUUGCUCACUUUAUAAAAAAAUCUUGUCAGAAAUAAUACAUGAGGACUGCAGAAAGCAUUGCAUGACAAAAUCACGACGUUUGGUAAUAUUGUUUGAGCUCAAUGGCAUGCAUUGCGUACAAUAAACUUUAAUUUGCGUCAGAGGAAUUUUGUUAGUUCUUUAUCAGUAUGGCUAAAAGUUUUCAUUUGUAUCGAUGGUUCUAGAAUAUAGCAGCAAUAUUACUUUCACAGCUCAUCUGAUGUUUUUGGCAUAUUUUUGAUUGAUUCAAACAAUGUUUUAUAACAUCUUUUGUUUUGUUGAAAAAAAAAACUUUGUUCCGCUAGCCACGUUGGAUGUCGUAAAAUGAAAGCGUCAACAAUUUUAUAGAAAUUAAUAUUGAAAGUCGCGAAAUAAGAAAAGGGCACAGACAAACACUAUAUUAUAUAUACCUAGGAUGAAGAGAACGGCUACGAAAAUUAGUUGGCAUCACUUGUCGAGAAACGCGUUUCGGCUAGUACGAUUAGCAUGAUAGUGUUUUGUUCUUGGUUUUUGGGUAUUGCUACCGAGCUGUGUUUCCUUGUCGUGCAAGUCACAUCCGUGGAUCCGUGGCCUUCCGUUGGUUGUCUGUCUUAUACCAAUCUCGAUGUUUAAACCUUUAGUCUUACUUGCCUAAUAGGUGCUGUGGGAACUGGCGAGCUAGAGAGAACAAUAAGAUUAAUUGUGAAUAUGUGAAUUAUAUGUAUAUAUAAUCUCCAUCCUUCAGCGAGUAUAUUUAUCCCCAGCGGUGGAGAACUUGUUCGGACAAGGACAUGUGGAAUUUCAAUGUUGAGUGAUCCUGUGAAUCGUGCAGAACGGGCGAAGGCAUAGUACACAUCAGAGUGUAGCAGAAACUUGUCUACUUUAUAUUUCAAA